AAGCACCUCAACUUUUCACAUCAAUUCAAUAUGUGUAUUUUGUAGUAACUAUACGAUAGAGGGGAUGGCCUAGUUUGGAACGGAGGCACAACAGACUUCCCUUUUAGGCAAAUUCCACAAUGCCUAAUAAUCUCUGAGCAGCGCGAAAUAACCUUAGGUUCUUAUCAUAACUUCAAAUACCUUUUCCUUAUAUAAUGUUUCUGAUAAUAUCGUAUCUAAACCGCAUUCCGCUCCAAUGACCCCACUUGCGCGAAACUGCGUGCAUGGUUUACGAUGAGCUCCAGCAAAGAACAAGAUAAUGUAGAAGAACAGGCGUUCCUUGCGCCAUCCUCAUCGCGCGAGGAUGCCAUCUGGUCCCGCGAAAAACGUUCCCGGAAAACCACGCAAUACUUGCGGCUCACCCUUGAGAUUGUAAUGGGUGUCAUAAUAGCCGGCUUGCUAGUCAGUAUAGCUUACGAACGGGUCGGAGUCGAAAGACCUCCCGUACCAAAAUUCCCUCGAAAGAUAUACACAUUCCUUCCCGACCCGCAAUAUGUACGCGACGACAUGCUCUUCGAUGAGCAUGAUACGCUUCAUUCACUUCAUAACUGGAUACCCUUAAGCGCAGACGCUAGGGGUUACGUCCAAGUCCCCGACUACGACACUUACGGCAUCCUCGGGAAGCCAUUCAUGGUAGCACUUGACCGGACAACAGAUGGGCCUGCAUUCAUGAUGUCGGUUUUCCACCAGCUUCAUUGCUUGUCGUAUAUAGUCGAGCAUUACCAGCAAGGAUACGCUGGUGUUAAUCUAACGGGGGAAGUGGCUCAUCAUUCGGCGCAUUGUUUUGAUUAUCUACGACAGUCUAUUAUGUGUGCUGGGGACACCAAUCUGGAGAGCGAGACGGAGGCGGGUCCGGGUUGGGGUUCGAAACAUGAAUGUGUCGAUUACGAUGUGAUGCUAGAUUGGGCGAACAAACAUUCUACGAUGAAAUGGAGGAAUGGGCUUAUGCCUGGGGAAUCAGUUCUAUAGCGGGAUAACGAUACUCGGGGAGCUCGCAUCUAUAAUAUAAAUUGUUUGAACACAUCAUCUUGGGCUUACCUAGGCGACUGAAUACUAAUCAGUGAAAACCUG